AUGAAACAGUAUCCUGAGCAUUAUUCCUCAUUGAGGUUUCUUGGCUCCGGAGCAGUGAGCGCUUUACAAGAUUAUGUUGGUUCUGGUGUAUAUUUUAAUCCAUUCGUCGAAUUGAAUGGCCUGAAAAUUAAGUACGGAGUUGUGAAUAUCGAUACGCUUUUAAGUGAUCUACAAGGUUGGGAAACUCUUUAUCUUGCCGGAAGGUUACACAAGCCUGUUAAGAUUUUAAGGGAUGAGCCGAAAGUAAGAUUUGUUAAUCAAGCCAACUUGAUUAGCGUAUUACGCACUUCUUUGUUACUACUCCCAGAGAAGUUCAAUGAAUUUGAAUUGUAUAAAAUGAUUGCAGGGAUAUCUUAUAUGGGAGACCCGCGAAUGCAGUUUGGCGAAAACCCAAAUAAGGUGCACAACAUUGUGAGCAACCAGUUCUUGAACUUCAGAAAACUAUAUUCUCCGUUGAUGGACGAUCUUCCAAAUUUGUCAAUUUCGUCGGGCGAGUCCCAAGUGGUUUCCGAUGGUAAUCAAAAAGUUGAAGCUGUCAAUCUGAUCCAAGACAUGAGCCCAUUGAAGAGAGGAAAUAUGGUGUUUAGAUUGCCAAGUGAAUUCAGAUCUAAAAUUUACGCCAGAUAUGCGUCAAAAUUGAACUCACCAGAACUAGCAAUGGCAAGCAAAAGUAAUUCUGUCAAUAAAAAUGACCCUAGUGUGAAAAGCGUCAGUACAGACUUUGAUCGCCAAAUUGCGGAUGAUAAAGAUUUAUCACUUGAGGUAGCGCGAGCCAUUCGUUAUACAGUAUCUUGGCCAAGUUUGACGCAGAGUGCGAAAGGCUUGUUAACUGCUGGACUGGUGAAAAGCAUGAAAUAUUCAUAUGAAAAGAUUUCCAAGUAUAGACUAGGCAAGCAAGCCAUAAUUAAAUAG